UUGUACAUAUUUUAUUGUUACAAUUUCUUUGAUUUUCGCUCGACCGUUCUGCAAAAGUUAAAAUGAUUUGUUAUUCAGUUAUUUUAUAUCUCGCGCUAAUUUACUCAGGUAUAUACAUACACGCAUGUGUGCACGUAUUUCCGUGAUGCGCCAGCAGGUGACGUGAACUGCGUAAACGUCCUAACCUCACGUCUGUUGUUGCUCUCUCGAUCGAGCGAAAGGAUUGGAGCAAGUUUGUCGUAAUAUAUGAGUUUAUACGUAAGAUUUGGAAGACAGUGAAACGCGCUAAAUGACAAACGAGUCGACGGCGUUCCCAUAAAGGGAACGAGAAAAGGUGGCCUUCUCUCGGCGUCUAAAGUCACGUUCAAUCAAGUCUUCCAUCGACUAAGUCACACCAGGUGCAAUUAUGAGGUUUGGUAAAUUUCCGGAAUUUAAAUUCUAAUCCGUUUUCGCAGUUAGCAGUGUCGCGAUGACGUUGCCAAUGUAAAGGAAACGCGGUUUGAGGAACACAGUCAUGGAGAGCGCUCAAUCUUUGUACAUCAGCCUCUUCAGCGAGGAGAAGAGCGACGUCUUGAAGGAGCUGUUGCACGCGUGCGUCGACGAGAUCUGCGGUCGCCCAGGGCCGUCCUAUCGCAAGUUCGCCAACAGCAUGGACUGGAGCAGAGCGGAGUACGAAGGGGUUUACAAGCUAAUAUCGUCGUUGCUGCGGAAUCCCGUUUCUCUCCACACGGUGGAGGAAAAGAUGCCGCAAGAAUACCAUGAGUUACCCGAGCAAGUGCAACAGAACAUCCUUACUUGCUUGAAGGUGCGCAGGGAACAACUGACGGACGCUUUAUUGAAGGAACAUUGUAAGGCAAAACUGCCGACUGUGAUCGAUCACGAUUGGAGAUUGAAGUUGGUGAUGGGUUCAAGUAAGAUGGCUUCGUUAAGAGAAUCACUGCUCCAGGUCGAUCUCAUAGUGGAAGAUAAGGAAUCUCGACGUAUCAUAAAUUUGGAAUUGAAUAAAGACGAGCUGGAUACGAUGAUAAAUAGUUUAGAAAGGCUAUUGUGAUACUUUUUUAUAGAAAGGGAAAAUAACGUGUAUAUAACUCGUGUAUAUUAGUAUAAAGUUGCGAUAUCGAUGCAGGACACAGGUUUCUAAAACGAAAUAAAUACUCGCCGCUGA